AUGGUUUCAGCGCCUCCUGGUGAUAAUUCUCGGGCCUCGCGACCAAGCAACGUCGAUGAGACGAUUCCGACCCGAGACAGCAGCGUAACACGCGUCGACCGGAGCUUUGACGGCGAGAAACCACAACAGCCCCUCAACGAAAAGUCCGAGGAUGCGCCAACCGGGGGCUUCUUUGAAGGCGGCUUGGGCCGAGACGAAGAGGCUGAAGGCACGCGCAGGCAGGAAGACCUAGCAAGGGCAACGAGCAGCAAGCAGCCUGAGUACACCCCCGAUGGGAAGCGUGUCAUCACCGAGGAUGAGUGCUAUCAUCUGCUGGGAUACUCGUGGCCGGCAUGGAAAAAGUGGAUGCUUCUCUCCUCUAUUUUUGCCGUUCAGGUGUCUAUGAACUUCAACACUAGUGUCUUUCCUAGCGCUGUUACUCCUAUCAGCGAGGGGUUCCAUGUCAGUGAGCAGGCGGCACGUAGUGCACAGUGUGCUUUCUUAGUUCUCUACGCUUUUGGAUGUGAGCUGUGGGCUCCUUGGAGUGAGGAGUUCGGACGAUGGAAGAUCUUGCAAUGCUCCCUAUUCCUCGUCAACAUAUGGCAGAUCCUUGCUGCACUGGCUCCCAAUUUCGGCAGCAUAGUUGUCGCUCGAGCCCUAGGCGGUCUCAGCUCAGCUGGAGGUAGUGUGACUCUCGGCAUGGUUGCUGAUCUCUACCAGCCCGAGGAGCAGCAGUGGGCAGUCCUCUUCGUCGUUCUGUCUUCCGUUCUCGGAACUUCCGUCGGCCCUGUCGCUGGAGGACCUAUUCAGAAGUUUCUUCCGUGGUACUGGAAUCUGUGGAUUCAGAUGAUCUUCGGCGUUGUCGUCCAAGCCGUCCACUUCUUCAUGCCCGAGAGCCGCUCCACCAUAAUCAUGGACAGGGAAGCAAAGCGGCGACGCACAUCCGGCGAAGAUACCAAUAUCUACGGACCCAACGAGGUCAAGAAGCCUCGGCUUUCGAUGCACGAGUUUGCCAUCACGUGGAUGCGUCCCUUUGAGAUGUUCCUUAGAGAGCCCAUCGUUCUCUCCUGCUCUCUGCUUUCAGGUUUCUCCGAUGCCCUUAUCUUCACCUUCCAAGAAGGUUUCACGCCGGUGUUCAACAAGUGGGGUUUCGGGACUCUGCAAAAGGCCUGGGCUUUCAUCCCAAUCAAUAUCGGCUAUAUCCUCGCUUACAUCUCCUAUGUGCCAUGGAUCAUCAGAGACCAUCGUGUCAUCAAGGCGAAAGGUCCUGAUGCACUCGCACCUGAGCGUCGCCUGAAGUGGUUGCUGUAUCUUGCACCCCUCGAAACCAUUGGGCUCUUCGGCUUCGCUUGGACCUCCAUGGGACCUCCCGAAUCUCAUUGGAUCGCGCCCAUGAUCUUCUCCUGCCUCAUCGCCAUUGCCAACUUUGCCAUCUACAUGAGCACGGUCGAUUACAUGAUCGCCGCAUACGGACCCUACUCUGCGUCUGCUACCGGUGGUAAUGGGUUUGCACGAGACUUCCUUGCUGGCAUUGCAGCGAUGUACUCUACUCCACUGUAUGAGAACAUUGGAAGUUCACGACACACUGAGUAUGCAAGCACUGUCCUCGCCUGUCUGGCAUUCAUGGUCACCAUUCCAGUAUAUCUCAUCUACUGGAAGGGGCCCGUCAUUAGAGAGAGGUCCAAGUUUGCUCAAUCCCUGGACGCCGAUCGACGUUCCAAGGGUGGACGUCGCGUCAUUGAAGCUCCCGAGGAGCAAUUGGAGCCCAAAAACCUUUGA